AUGUCAGGACAGGCAGCUCUAUCGCGGUUGCAGCCGCCGUUGCGCGAUCUGGUCGCUGGCGCGGCGCAGGAUGGGGCGAAGGACUUUGGGCAAUCGGAGAAGGAUAAGACGGAGGUUGCCGCGUGGAUCGAGCGCGUCGCGCAGGGCGACGUCGCCAAGCCUGAGAGCUUGAAGACCCUCGACGCCGAGCUCACGCCGAGGACGUACGUCGUGAGCAAUCAUCUCACCGCCGCGGACGUCGCGCUCUACGGCGCAUUGCAUCCCGUAGUCUCACAACUCCAGCCUGAUCAAUACUUUGCCACUCCCGCCAUCACCCGCUACUUCGACCACAUCCAGGCCCAGCCCUCCGUGCGCAAGUCUGCCGAUGCUCUCGCACCCGCAUUCUCUACCGUCGCCUUUGACUUUACGAAUGCGCCACCCGCUGUGCGGAAAGUGCCGGAGGUGAAGAAGAAGGAGAAGAAGCCAGCCGAGGGCGCUGCUCCCGCUGCUCCUGCCGCCGCUGCCAAGGAGGCGAAGGCCGACGUGAAGAAGGGCGAGGCCAGCAAGGACAAGGCGCCGAAGGAGAAGAAAGAGAAGAAGGAAAAGGCUGCGGCGGCUGAGGGAGGGAAGAAGGACAAGGGUGGCAAAGCAGCAGCUGCUGCACCCGCUGAGGAUGCUGGAGAGCCGGUCCCGUCCAUGAUCGACUUGCGCGUCGGCCACAUCAUCGACGUCAAAAAGCAUCCAGACGCUGACGGUCUAUACGUCGAGCAGAUCGACUUUGGCGAGGAGACUGGUCCUCGGACCGUCGUUUCCGGCCUGGUCAACUACGUCCCUAUCGAGAAAAUGCAGGACAAGUGGCUCGUUGGCGUGUGCAACCUCAAGCCUGCGAACAUGCGCGGCGUGAAGAGCUUUGCGAUGGUUCUCUGCGCGACAUCAAAAGACGGCAAGGAGGCCGGUAUCGAGGUCAUCGACCCGCCACCAAACUCUAAGCCUGGUGAACGUAUCUACUUCGAAGGUGCUGAGUUCGAGGGCAAGCAGCCGCUAUCUCAGCUGAACCCGAAGAAGAAGAUCUUCGAGACGAUCCAGCCUGGUUUCAUCACCUUGGAUAACAGGGAAGCAGCAUGGGUCAACCCGGUAACGAAGAGCGUCCAUAAGAUCCGCACAUCUGCCGGUGUCUGCACUUCUGCGACGCUCGUCGGCGCUUCCCUCUCAUAG